ACAUCUGUAGACUAACCAUGCCCACACCACCGCCAUUAAAUCCACUUCGACUUAAGACGUCUCUUAAGAUGUCUCUUUCCAAACUUAAGUUUCUUCAGGAAAAGAAAACGGCCUUGUGUAAACAACAGCGUCGACAAUUGGCAGAUUUACUUCGCCAAGGUAAGGAGUCUAGUGCUACUAUCCGGGUGGAAAACAUAAUUCGCGACGACAUAUACAUUGAAUUAUUGGAGUAUCUUGAAUUGUACUGCGAAUUGCUUCUUGCAAGAAUCAAUUUGAUCACUGAUCCUGCCAAACAUGAAUGCGACAAGAGUUUACUUGAGGCUGUAAGUUCCGUAAUUUAUGCCGCUAAUCAUACCGAAUUGAAAGAAGUGGUUCUGAUUAAAGAUUGGUUGAUUGCCAAGUAUGGUCAUGAGUUUGGCCGCAAUGCAUUGGAAAACAAAGACGAAGUUGUUCCCGAGAAAAUUGUCCUGAGAUGUAGCGUGGAGCCACCUCAAGAAACGUUGGUUGAUCUUUACUUGUGUGAGAUUGCCAGAACUUAUUCUGCUCCAUACUCGAAGUUGAGUGAGUAUUCUGCGCAACUGUCUGAAGGGGAAGAUAAUGAUGAUGAUGAUGAUAAUGAUGGAGAGGGUGGUACUAAAGAGUUGGAAGCUCCACUUGCUGCUGAUGCCAAGCCCAAGGUUAAAGAACAAGACGAGUUUGAUGCGUUAAAGGCAAGAUUUGCCGCAUUGAGAACUGGUUAAUACAAUUUUAUAGAAUGUACGUUAUAAUCUUAUACUAUUCUCUACUUUUGUGGAGAUCCACGUUACGUUUGCAGCUUAUCUGGUUCCAUUAACGUUAACUCUUUUUUUCAUAAAUAAUAAAAUCAUCAUGUUAUUCUGUCGG